GUGCUAUUUCGCUGCCUGGUGGGCGAAAAGCUAUCUUCUGUGUCCGUACGCACAAGGGGCAUGUAUUGUUCGCCAGAGUGUACUAAGCAAGUCUGUCUGUCUGUCUGUCUGCCAUGAUUGAUCGUGGACAUGCAAUGCAUCGCAACCAACAUAUCCUAUUCCAUCACACCGACCAAAUGCCCGGCGAACAGCGAUCCACACAACAAAGAUGGGACAAAUAAAAACACGUAUACAUGCGAAUGUCGAGACCGGUGUCUCUCCAAGUCCUGCCUAUCGCUCGGUCACCCAUGCCCUUCUCGAUGUCGCUUCAUCCUUUUCGUCCUUGUCCGCCGCAUCAGCCGACAGCGGCAGCUCCUCGAGCCCCAGGGACUUCCUUAGUUGCCUAAUGUCCUCACUGGCAGCGGACGAUGGUGCCGAUGAAGGGAAUGAAGGGGGAGGAGGCCUCACUGGCCUCAGAGCAAGCUGCGGACGGGGAGGGGGCGGGGGCAAAGAGGGCGGCCCCGGUGGUAGGGCCCUUGGCUCUUGGACUGGUAGGGGUGGGCCGGGCGCUGCCACUGGUGGCUGAGGAGAAGGCUGUUGAGGCUCUGUCUCGUCGACAUGCCGUUGGUCUUGUUCCUGUAGCGGCUGAGCAGCUUCAGCCUCUGGCACUGGCAUUGGUGGUGUCUCGUCCACAUGUUGCUGCUCUUGUUCCUGGCCUUGUUCUUGCUCUUGGUCCUCCUCUUCUUGUUGGUCGGCUGUUGGCUUAUCGUCGGGUGUGUGUGUCUCCUGCGGUUGGCCCUGGAGUACGGGCAUGGGGGGCGGGUUAGGGAGAGGGGGAAGCAAGGCCAGGGGCGGAAAGGGGGGCAAAGGUGGGAGAGACGGCAGCGGGGGAAAGGGGAGCAGUCCACCCAUCGGCAAGGGAGGGGCCUCGCCUGGCGGUGGAGGAGCUGCUGACGGGGCUACCGGUGGCGGGGGAGGUGCUGGCACCUCUCGCAUGCCGCCCUUGUCUGUCCGUCUUGGUUCAAAGCGGCUUUCCUCUCUAGGGCGGAAUAAUGCCGUAAUCAGCUUGCCGAAUGGCGACUCCCCCUUCUUGCUCUCGCCCAGUGGGGACUCUCUUCUACCCAGCUCGAUGCGCCGCGCCUACCAGCACGGAGACAAGAUUCACUGUGCAUGCAGUCACAUGAGCGCAUCGUUUUCAACAACUCACCACGAAGUCUCCACGCUUGUGCUGGCGCCUCAGUUCGAAGCGCUUGAUCUCUGCUACAGUGACGAGUAUGGCGCGAAGGACAUCGAGGACCAAAGAGACAAGACAAAACCCGACCACACUCGCGUACAGCCUGAUGAUGCAUGCAGUGGAAAGACAAAAAUGAGACGCGAAGAAUGCAACGUGCAAGAGAUAUGUUGACCAUGAUGACUCUUCCUCAGUGCUGAAUUUGGUGCCGUAUGUGAGCACAAUCACGGUGGCCGCCGUCAUGAAAGUCGUGGAUGCGAUAUACGGAAGCAACACAACGAUAGAGUACACCUGAGGCCAAACAGCGCAGGUGAACAACCGCGCCCCCGUCCCCUUUCACGCACUCACCGUGGAGGGCACAGGUUUCCUGGUGGCGGCCAUGCGUGUCAGUUCUUCCAUCUGCAGCCGCUGGUGCUCCUUUUGCACCCUGUCCAGGUACACGCUCCUCACCCGCCGCACAAAGACGUCAUCCUCUUCGCCGGGUGGGGGCGGGGGAGGGGGCUGCAUGGGCGUCGCUAAGGGUGGCACAGGAAUCUACAUCACACAUAUGGAGAGCAACAGACAUGCCAUCCAUCCAUCGAUCGAUCCAGCAUCUGUCUCACCGUGCCAGCUAUGAAUGGCGCUGUGCCGGUGCUUAUGAAGGCGCUCCCGACUGCCGGCGACAUGCCUCCUCCCCCGUAGUAAAUCGGUGGGCUUGCACUCGACAUCAUCUUCUGCAUUGCCCCCGACCCACCUGGACUGUAUCCGCCGUAGACAGGCGGCAGAGGGGGCGGCAGGGGGCGGAAAAUGGGAGGGAGAGAGGGAGGGCCGACAGGUGGUGGGGAUGGCUGUGCUGGCUGGGAGGGUAUCUCAUCCACAUUGACCAUCCCUGGUAGCGGGGGUGGCGGCAUGCUGUGUGUCUCCUGUGCCUCCCUGUCAUGCACGUCUUUGGACGGCACUGGGGUCGCCAGCCGAUCUUCCUCAGCCACAUGGGGCGUCGUCAAUUCCGCGCUGGGAGGCGCCUCGGCAGACGAUGGUGGCUGCUCGUCAGUGGCUGACUUGUUGGUAUCGUCUUGGCCAGGUGAGGGCAUGGGCAGUGGGGGCAGUGGGGGCAGUGGUGGCCCUCGUGGCCCACCCUCAGGCGCACUUGGCAAUGGAGGCAGUGACGGCGGGCGCCCCAUCGGCCGCAUCGGUGGCGGUGGUGGCGGUGGAGGGGGCAUGCUCCUUGUUGGUGAUGUGGCUCGUGGCGGGGGUGCGAUAGGGGGAAGUGGCCCUAGGCUGGACAUGAGGGAAGGGGAUGCGAUGGAUGGCGGUGGGUGCUUGGGGGGAGGCGGUCUGAAGUCAGGGUGGGAUGGGGGAGGCGAUGGUAAUGUCAGCGACUUCAUCCCUACGCACACAAUACACACGAUGGAAGAACGGGCAAACUGUCGGCCCUCCUUCCUGCAAACGAACCUGCGACAGGGAUUUGCACUCCCUGCAUGACCAGGGGCACAGGUCCGCUGCCGCCCAGCGAUGGCGGCAUCGGCAUCAUGGGCAGAGGGGGCGGUGGGGGGACGGGAGGGCUGCCAGGCUUGCCGGCCUCGCCAACGCCCGAGAACAUCGAUAUGGACGGCUUGAAGUAGUGAAUGACGUCACCGCCGGACGGGGCUUGGCCCCGAUACUUGGGGGCCUUGUGGACGACGGGGUGCGGCCGGCGGGCAAACAUCAACCCAAAACCCACGAAAAUGGGAAAUAUGAGCAGGCCAGACAGAAGGCCUGAGACACAGACAUAUGGAGUGGGGAAGUGGACAACAGAUCAACGUAUGUAUGUCCCCGAGCAGGCGCACCGGGAGUGAAGAAGUCCGAAGCGACGAGCAGCUUUCGGCUGUACAGAACGGCGUUGAAGGCCAUGAUGCCAACCACACACACACCCAGACACACCAACCGCUGAGGGCGGGAAUAAAUCUGACAACCGAAGAAACAGAGAUAUGGGCCGGUGAGUUGAUCAUCGGUUGCAAACACACUGCCAGCAUAGUGCUGCUUUGCUUGCUGGUUGGUUGAUGUGAUGCCAUCCAUGCCCACCUCACCUCUCUGUACAUGAAAGGUGAUAUGAGCACGUGAUCUCGCUUGAUGACGCUCCACAGUGUGUAGAUGAAGAGCCUUGACGGCUCGUUGACAUGCUGGUAGGCAAUGGGGUCUCCGGGCCCCUUCGGACCGGUCACGCCAUCACCUGUCGGGCCAACAACCUCCGUCACGCCCUUCUUGCCCUCGCGCCGGGCACGCCUGAUAGAAACGCAGGAAUGUGUGCAAGUGUCGACGCGUGGCAUGACAAUGAUUUUGUGGCGGCGAGUGUGCGCACUUUUUCUCUUUGUGUUUCUUGCGCCUGUCGACUUGCCAGCCCCAGAAGGUGCACAACGCAUUGGCCAGCAGGACCAAGGCCAGCGACAAUCCCACCGCAAGAUUGGUCGUCUCCAGACCUGCAGCCACACAGGACCUAAGGGAUUGAGACGAAUUUCCCCUUCUGCAGACAUCGCCUGCGCACCAGCGUCGAGCAGCAGCGAUGCAGCGUCGUAGAAAGUCUCAAUGUCGAGCAGCCUGCCGUCGAGGAACAGACCCAUGUCGCUCAGCUGGCUAGUAAGGCAACCCAGUCCGUCAUUGGCAAUGCCCCUGCGAGACCAUGCCCCACCAGCCGUCCCGGGGGCAAACCGAUCCCACACCACACACUGACCUGCACGCAUUCGAGACACACACACAAGGUGAAUGCAACAGAAAGCAUGCCCUCAAAGCAUUAUUUUCACUCACCGGACGAGAAGCUCUUGACAUUUGCGAACACCCGCGUGAAUUGGCUUUCGUUCUUGUCGAGUUCGUUGGUGUUGGCUUUGAGCGGCAGCAUGGUGAUGACGUAUGUGAAGUUGCCGGGGGGGUUGGAGUCGGACCAGUCGUAGAUGUUCUUGGUGUAGGCCACGAAGAUGAAUGAGAAAGCGUUGAGGGGGUUGUCGGGUGUGGGCUCGUCGGGCGUGUCGGGCGGGACGGUGUACUGCUGAGGGAAGAUGAACUGGGGAUGCACCGCUGAGAGAUCGGUCGUCUUGCCUGCAAUGCAUUGCAUUGAGUGUGGCGGAGACGGAAACAUCCACACCAGCAUGUAUGCAUGUCCCUGAGCGCGUGUAUGGGUGUCUGUCUUGCUCGCUGACCGAGUGUGAUGUCGAAUCCCGGCGUCUGGUACUGCAGGGGCAGCUCAUUCGAUAUGAGGUUGGCAAUCAGCUGCUUGGACAGGACGUCUCGCGACACGGCGAUGCGGGUCAUCAGCUGUGACUUGUUCCUCUGCUCGCUAUACAGGGUGUCCGCCAGCACCUUCAAGGUCGCCUCGAACUGAGCACGACGGACGGCCUGCUCAUCGGCCGGCAGAUCCUUGAUCUCAACUUCGAACUUGGCAUACCGCUGCAGCUCCUCCUGUGCCCAGGGAGAUGUCAACGGAUGCGGACACAACACUGGAGGGGGCAGCUCAGAGCCAUGUCAACUCUCUGCUCACCCGUCUCUGUCUGUCCAGCUCGGUCUGCAGCUCCAUGACUUCAUCGAGCAGCGGACCCUCCAGCGACUCGAGGCCAUCAUAGUCUUCCUCACCAGAGUUGGUCAGAUACCCAAUUGUGCGCAUCACCGAGGCCCGCUGUGAUUCCUCUGUGUCGUCUGUCUGCGUCGCAUUCGCUGCUUGCAGUCUCCGUUGCGUGGUGGACCCGAAGAGCCGUCGUCUCGUCGGAACGGCACCCUUGCCGCUCUUGAUAGCCAUCAUCGACCGUGUAGGGACCUUGUACGACGCCAGCAACUGUGUCGCAAGGGCGCUCUGGUUGUGGUGGGCGCCAACAAGGUCCAGGGCAUCCAACACGGCCUGGUUAAGGCCAGCUUCCCUCCAUUUGGGCAGGCUCCAUAUCUCCUCUGUGGCUCUGCUCCUCGCGUAAGAGACGACAUCGGGGUUGCGGGUGUUGACUGUUCGCGUGGCGAACUCGACUUGUUCCGCUGGAUUGGACAAGGGGUUUGCAUUGAGGCCUCCCGUCUGCUCGCCGGGCAGCAGGACGCCGAGGAUGUAGAACGAGAUGGCCGAGAGCGACAUGCCGUCCUCACUAGAUGGGUCGAAGGCGCCGAUGCUGACGCCAGAGUUGACGAGGUUCUCGAGCACGUCCAUGGGUUUGUCCGACCUGAGCCCCUUGUCAGUGACUACAGCCAGGAAGAGGAGCUUCUGCUGCAGCACUUGGGGUGUAUCGGGUGAGUCCCUCGUCCUCUCUGUCAUGAUGUCCAGCAUCUUCUCAAGCAGCGUCUGCGUCUCGGGGUCAAGCUCCUCACCUGGUCCAGGCGGCUCGGGAUCUGAGAGAUGGGAGAGAGACACAUGCAGGACCGAAGCAUGAGACACAAUGCUCUCGUGUGCGCUUGAGGCGAGGCUUCCUCACCGACGAUGCUGAGUGCCGUUUGGAGGGUCUGCACGACAGUCUCGGGGUCCUGCGCCUCUGCCUCAUCGAGCAGGUCGUCCACGGCCCCAGUGACGUUCUCGGGCCGUGUGCUCGAUAUGGAAAGAUACUCAGUGGUCCGGGCACCAAACGGUGUGAACACCUCCACGAACGUAACGAGCGUCCCGUUGCUCCCGGUGCCAACAGGCAGUGAGUUGACCUUGACUUGAGAGACGGGGAGAGGAGCCGUCGUGAUCUUCACGCGCACAAUGUCAACUAUGCCGUCCUGAAAAGAGACACAGAGGAACCGCGCCCUUUCCUUUUCAUGGUGCCGCAUCCAUGUAUCCAUACCGUUUCGAGUUGCGAUAAGUACCCAAAAUCAUACGAGAGGGGCGUGUCAUCAGCCGUCCAGUCAGGGGCGCUUAGCGUCCUCGGCGUUGUGGACGUGGCAGCAAGCGGCGUCACAAUCAGCUGUCCUCCCUUGGGCGGCAGUCCCGCAGUCACGAUCGUCACAUCCGUGUAGCCCUCAGCCAAUCCUACUCGCGUCACGAGGCGGAACUUGUACGUUGUUGAUCCCGACAGGACGUUGGAGUAGAUGACAAGGUUGGGACUGCUGGGAUCGGUCUGAAAUAGCGAUGCAUUGUUGAUGUUGAGGAUGUCUUCCGCCACCUCCACAAACUUGUACCGGUCAACCAGAUACGGGUUGUCGGUGCCCUCGCGCUCCCGGAACUCGUCUGCGUCCCAGUCGGGAUUGAGGUCGUACACAAAGAUCUGCAAACAAGAGACACAUGAAUCCACACCGGUCAAGAGUCUCGUUUGACUGUUUGCCUGGUCACCUUCCAGGAGAAAAGGGGCGGGUUGUUUGGGUCUCUCUCCCCUUCGAUCGUGCCCACGAUGCGUAUGGGGUCGCUGAUGGCAUAUAUCUCCUUAACGUUGGUCACCUGCAGACGCACAUCUGACAGAAGCAAAGCAAACACGAGUGAGUCCACUAAGACAUUGAUGCCAGUAAGGUAAGGUGUCUGUCUCACUGGGAAUGGUUUCUCUCGUGAUGUUGAUGAAGGCAUCUCCCGUCGCCUUGCGGCCAUCUGCGGCAGUGAUGAUGGCGGUGAACUUGUACUCGCCUUCUUUGAACAUGUCCGUCCGCACCAUGAUGACGCCCCUCGUGUAGCUGCAGUAGUUGAGGUUCAGCUCCUCCAGCAAAGGCACGGCGAACUCCACACCUCCAUCCAGCACCUUCCUGUCCUUGUCUGUCUCACAGACCGACAUAUUGGUGAUCCGAGGCAGAUUCCCUCCGUAGCAAGGGAUGCGAUCGGGGUCAUAGCACUGAGGACGUGGGACAAAACAUGAGACACGCCGCGGCAGUACUGCUUCGGUUAUCUCGUCUCACCUCCCAUUCGAACGUGCCGGCGAAUGUCUUGCCCGCUCCUGUUGGGAAGUCGGGGUCCUGUGACUGGCGGGCAUCGAGAAUCAACAGACGGCCGCGGGUCAGCCCACGAGACUCACGACGAUACACCACAAAAAUGGGAGACCUGAGCGAGAGGUGAGUCCACAGGAUGAGAGCACAGCCGUCGUCUUCUCGUGUCGGUCACUCACUCACCUCUGGACUUUGAUUCUGACAGACUUGGUGGUGACCUUUUCUGGCGCGCUAAUGACGAAGACCGACACGGUGAAGUUGUAUGACGUCUCGGGCAUAAGCGUGAAUGGCGGAAUGACCAACGUUCUGGACUGCCUCUUGAUGCUCGGGAAGUUGGCAAAGUUGAGAUUGCCGGUCUUCUCGCCCCACUGGAAGCCGAGCUUGCGAUCGACGCCAGGGCACAUCGACGGAAGAGCUUCAGAGAUGAGACUCACUUGCUGCGUUCUGUUUGCUGUGAUGUCUGUGAGACCCAGGAUGGACACCAUAGGAGCGGGGAAGUCGAGCUUGUUGACAUUGAUGAGUGUGAUGGAAGUCACAUCCCAGAAAGACAGCACCGUCAAGUUGAGGCGGAAAUUGGUCGCCGGCUCCAGCUCGAAGGCACCCAUCUCCACACGGGGACUGUUGCUCGCUGUGUACGAGGCAAGCCGACUCUGAGACAAGAAGAACUCUAAUGCAAUAAUUCUGCUUCUUUCCCUCGUCUUCUGUGCCUGCUGACCUUGAACAGAUCGAUCAACGUCUGGUUGAACACCCGAUCGGGCCUGUUGUUCAAAUCACUGUAGCCCAGAAGGCUCCAAAAGUACUUAGGCCGGCCGCCAACAUUGAACGUGUCGGCAGCAUCCAGCUCCAUCGGCGAACACUCAUCCAGCUCUGUCGAGCCCGACAAGACGAUAGAUGGCGGAAGCAGGGGGUCGGGAUAGCCGACAAGGAUGCCUCCAAUGGCGGGCAUCGACCACUCAUCGUUGCGUGGCUGGGUCCAGAUGGUGUAGGGGCGGACAAACAAGUUAUCGUUCACCUGCAAGGCGGCCAACAGAGGAGGGUGUGUGCAUGGAUAUCUUUUUGUUGUUUUCAUCUUGUUGGCCGACCCUGAUAAUGAAGUCAAUGGGAAGUGAAAUGAUGACUUUGGCGUCCGUGGCCCAGUCACAGAUGGCCCCUACCAGCAGGGCAGCUGACUCAUCAUCGAAUAUACGACCACACUCCACCUGGAUAAAGAAGCGCAUACAAUACAUGCAUUCACGGCAGGCCGGUCGAUGUGCGUGUCUCUGUCAAGCACCGGUUCGUUCAUCUGUGUCGAGUAGUCGAUGUAGUCGGGGAUCAGAUCAUCAUCAAUGUCGACAGGUUUGGCGCCACGAAGAGUCGACCUGCCAAAAGAGAAAGACAAGACGUGCAUAUUCCAUGCUGACAUCCUGGAGACCAUUUCCUCCCUCACUGACGUGGAGAAGUCCACAAUGAUGCUCGACGCCUCCAUCAUGAAGACGGCCCGGAUCAGCUCUGGAGGCGGCAGCGUCAGAGGCACACGUGGGUCCCGAUUGUACACCUGUGCCGUGGAUGUCUCGAUCGGCAUGGUGCCGUUGUCUCCCCACAGCUCCUUGGCCUUGGUGCGGAUGUCAACCUGCACGACGGUGGGCUCCGUGGCCCUGAAUGGCUCCUUGCGUGUGGCAAUGAUGGUCUUGUUGAACAUGUGGUCGCUGCACACGCCACCCACGUAGAAGCCCCAGUCGUCCUCGGUGCUCUCGGGGCCGGAGUUGUAGAUGCUGGAGGAAGGGUCGUAGAGGACGUCGUUAUAGGUCUGGGCCACGUCUGCCGAUGUCAGGAGCUUCAUUGGCACAAGCGGGUCGAAUUGCCAGUCGAUGGCCACCGUGUCUGCACACACAGACAAGAACAGACAGCACUGACAGGCCUGUGUGUCCACACACUUGCAGCCAAGCUUAGCGGCGCAGCCGCACUGACCGUCGUCUCGCCUCAAGUAGUUUCCGAGAUAAAGAUACUGCAGCAGCCCACUAUCCCGAGCACCCAUGGCAGUCAGGUCGCCGUAUUUCUCAUUGAAAGUCAACAUUGUCACCCUGAAGUCGACUGUGCGUUCCUCCAGCCCCACGUGAUUGCGCAUGUCAUAAAACAGGAGACGGUCAGUGAGAGGCGCAUUCAGGCCUACACGCCAUGCACACAUCAAGAGACACAAGCCCGCAUAUACUAGAAUCAAUCACCGCUGUGCUCAUUCAUUCGUGGCCCGCUCACCCUACCCUUGUCGGAGAGAGAGUCUUCAUCGGUGACGACAAAGGCAUACACAUCGUGAAGAGAGUUGAUGGCCGACACCGGCGAGAAAAGGAACCUGCUGUAGGCCGCACCCCCGCCGCCCUGCACCACCAAUGGAUAGGUGGUCGUAGUCAUUUUGGGGUUGCGCGCAUCGCUGGUGUUGAUGCGGAUCUGGGCGAACUCAUAGCUGAAGUCUCUCUCCCCAGUCCCCGUGUUCCAAUCGCUGUUGAUCUGGACACCGACAAUCCUCGAUGAGUCGAUGUCGUAAUGGAUGCCGUGCAGCUCCCCGGAGUAGCCCAGGUCCGUGUUGGUCAGCCGUAGCUGGUGCUGAUACAGGGGCUUCCCCGUCAGUGUCGAUAUGCAGUGCAGCCAAAACUGCCAGUAGGGGCCGUAGUCUGUCGGGCUGUUCGAUCUUGUCUUCUGCGUGGCCACAACCGUGUAGAACAUGUACCGCCACGGGUCAUAUCCCCCAAUGCUGCCCCCCUGGUCCCGAUCAUACUCCCGAAAUCCCGACCAUAUCCCCGCUCCUCCGCCACAUCUGCCCGGCGUGUCAAACUCUUCACAAGGGUUGUUACACAACUCGUCACCGAUCUGCGAGAUGCCCGGGACGAUCCCUUCCGUGUGUGUAAAGCACGCGCAGCCAGUGCCGCGGACCAGCACCAUAAUGUCGCCUGUGCUCCAUGCCGGGUCCUUGAUGUCAUUGUGUGGCUGGUUGGCCUUCUCAAUGCAUCGGCCAGUGCAGUUGACGGGGUCGGGUGCGUCGAGGGUCUCCUCCAUUGCCUCGGCUGCACCGCCGCUGCUCGAGAAGCACCCUACCUAGCCACAGCACACAACACAACACAGGUCAGCAGACACCUCUCUCUGCACUGAUUGGUGAGUAUUGGUACCCACCCAGAGGAAUCUUGAUUUGAGUUUGAAUGCCUGCGGCUCGCCCUGCUCGUCGACCUUGGAGAGAUAGAGGAUAUGCGGGUUGACGAAACUCCCAUCAGCCAGCUCCCGCGGCCUGUGCUGCACCGACUCGAUGGAAAGCCCAUCCACUCCCCGCAGCAGACUGGCGCAUACUAGCAGCACCGCAACAGUGUAUGCAUUCCUCGAACACAUCCCCAUCUGCAUCGGAAGGUGAGAAUACGUCAACACACAGUCAGUCAUCAGUCCUUGUAGAGAUGGCUCAAUGACGGCCCCUCGAGCGAAUCGCACUUACGGCGGCUUGGCGCAUGCUCCACUGUCAGAAAACAGUCAUAUUUGCAUUGCAGACUGAUCCCGAGACGCAGUCU